CAGCACUUACUUGGUUUAUUAUUUGUGAAGCUCCAUGUUCUGAGAGUCCCGUUGUUAAUGGACUCACCUGACCUGGCCUUGUUGGUUUCUCUCUGCAGGGUUCCUUGCAUCAAUGAGAAUGAUCGAAAGCAUAGACGUUGGAAAGGUUUCCAGCCAUGACUUGUGGGCUGAGAUUUGCCCGUGCCCAACCGAUGUCCAGCUGGCAUCGCACGCAUUCGCAGACUCGUUUCAAUGCUCCCCCCCUGAAAGUGGCGCCCAUCAAAGAGAGUUCAGUAACGGUGAACCCAGAGAACCCCUCCUUAACCCCCAACCAUGGGCCCCUCUGCAGGAUUCCGAGGUUUACUUGGCAUCGUUAGGUCAGUAACGACAAUCAUCUGAUGCUGUGCUACAAUAUUUCUAUUAUCGUUCCUGUUUUGGAAUUACACUGUAACUGCUGGCUUGAAUUAAUCAUUUCUCAUUUACACAGACACAAUAUGUUACUUAAAAAACACUGGAGAGGUAGCCGUGCUGGCAUAGAGCCUGUCACACUGAGUAUGGGAGCGCACAGCAUUCUCUAUGUGGGAUAUGUACUUACAGCAAUGAUAUAGCACACUGCUAGCUGCAAUACACACUUAAACCAUUCGUCACGCCAUUUAACCACUUGCAAUAAGAUUUAUUUAUUAAGUGUUCGGUCUAGGCACCAUAAACAUUACAUGCCGAUGUAAUGGUUAUGGUUAAUUUCACCUUUUGUCUUUAUAGAUCAGUUGGACACACAGAUACUAAUGUGUAUAUAUCACUAUGCAGUCUAUAGAUAUUAAGCCUCUUUGUCCUGUGUGCAAUUAUAUUUUCUACCUCCUUUCUAUAUUAGUCAUUUUUAGUGAAGUUUGUAUGUUAAAUUUCCCUGUGUGCACACUAUAACACAAUAUGCUGGGCGCACACUAUAACACAAUACGCUGGGCGCACUAUAACACAAUACGCUGGGCGCGCUAUAACACAAUACGCUAGGCGCGCUAUAACACAAUACGCUGGGCACACACUAUAACACAAUAAGCUGGGCGCACUAAAACACAAUACGCUGGGCGCACUAAAACACAAUACGCUGGGCGCACACUAUAACACAAUAUGCUGGGCGCACACUAUAACACAAUACGCUGGGCGCACACUAUAACACAAUACGCUGGGCGCACACUAUAACACAAUACACUGGGCGCACUAUAGCACAAUGCGCUGGGCGCGCUAUAACACAAUACGCUGGGCACACACUAUAACACAAUACGCUGGGCGCACUAUAACACAAUACGCUGGGCACGCACUAUAACACAAUACGCUGGGCACACACUAUAACACAAUACGCUGGACGCACACUAUAACACAAUACGCUGGGCGCACACUAUAACACAAUACGCUGGGCGCACACUAUAACACAAUACACUGGGCGCACUAUAGCACAAUGCGCUGGGCGCGCUAUAACACAAUACGCUGGGCACACACUAUAACACAAUACGCUGGGCGCACUAUAACACAAUACGCUGGGCACGCACUAUAACACAAUACGCUGGGCACACACUAUAACACAAUACGCUGGACGCACACUAUAACACAAUACGCUGGGCGCACACUAUAACACAAUACGCUGGGCGCACACUAUAACACAAUACACUGGGCGCACUAUAGCACAAUGCGCUGGGCGCGCUAUAACACAAUACGCUGGGCACACACUAUAACACAAUACGCUGGGUGCACUAUAACACAAUACGCUGGGCACGCACUAUAACACAAUACGCUGGGCACGCACUAUAACACAAUACGCUGCUCACGCCUAUGAUUAGAAAGAGUAUUCAUUCUUUUUGGUCACUCACAAUUUUAAAUUGACAAGUCGCUUACUGAAUCAGCAAAAUAGCAAAUAACAUGCACUGAUCUACAGAACAUGUUUUAUUGGAUGCUUGUUCUUUUAACUCUUCGCUUUAUUCAGAACGUCGGCUACAGAAAGUUAAGGGACUGUCCCAUGAAGUUACCUCUAAGGACAUGCUACGGUCGCUCAGCCAAGCUAAGCAGGAAUGUUGGGAUAGGUGCCUGCAGGAAUCCUUUCAGUCUGAGGCCUACAUAGGAGAUAACGACGUGGAUGACAGGUACUAUAAACACUGAGCAAUGAACACUCAGUGAGCAGACGAAGUGUCAGAAAAUGUUAUCUUCCAAUAACGUCAUCAGUAAACGUUUAGAUUGGGUGAGUUUCCAUAAAACAUCGCUAUAUCUGUCAGAUUCCAGAUACACAGUGUGAUCGAAGUAAAGGAAUUGACUCCGAUCUUCUGCACUUUCCUUAUCUGAAAUGCCCAGACAUUACUUGUUACACGUCCUGCUAAAGGCCGCGUUAAACGUGUCAGGGAUAUUCUUCAUUUACACUAUAAUAAUUAGAGUGAACGUGUGGUACUCAGAAUUUACUGAACAACGAAUGCAUUUAGUGUGUAAUUAGAUGGAUGGCAGGGCAUCCUGAGAAAUAUUGCGUACAGUGGGUGGAGGAGAGCGUAUUGCGGCGGCAGCAGGGUGUAGUACAGAGUAUAACAGGGGCAUGUUUGGAGGAAUCCAGGGAAAAAGGCAGAGAGAUUCAAUAAGAUUAUCAGAUGAGAAUAGUAUUUGGUCUCUAUCUUAUUCUAGUAAGAAUUUUCAUUAAAAUUUGUUAAAUAUUCUUUUAACCUCACAAAUUAGCAAAUAAAUGGAAUACAUGGAAUUUUUUGUAAUUUCCUAUUCAAACUGUACUAUAAUAAUAUAGCACCGACUUACAAGGCGAGUACAUAAUAUUAACCUGUUACAAACUCCCAAUGACAGACCCUCCGAUGACGACUUUCACGGCAGUAUUAAUUGUCUGUAUUCAUAGUGAAUUCAAACAAGUUAUUUUUCACUAAUCUCUAACUUUUUCGCAAAUAAAUUUCAAGUGGCAAAACUGAUGCAAAAAUAUCUUCACUGUGAAUAUCGCAGAGUUGGGGAAUUCUACCAAAUUAGUUAUUUAAACUCAAUUUUGCCUUUCCAAAUUAAUGCUCAGUGAAGAAUCCUAAAAGUAAAUUUACAUGAAAUUGUGGUGGACUUGUGGCCGCUGUCAAUUCUCAACAAGUCUCCUCCUUGCCUGUUUAGCAGAGAAUUAAAUCCAUACGCGAAUACGGAGUACUGUCAGGUUCUUUUUUGGGAGAGGGGGGUUGUUGGUUAAGUUCUUGACACACUUUUAAGUCAUCUUAAUUUGUCUGUAUUCUUAGCUGCAUACAACUAUUGAUUUCCCUGUUUCAAUUCUCACCUUUCCAGCACCCUGGAACAUUUGAAGCGUUGGCUGCAGCCAGAGAAAGUCGCCAUUACCGCAGAGGAGUUGCAGCUUCUCAUCCCAGCUACAUCUCCGUCAACAGCUGAAAACAAGGAAGGCUCUGACGAACAGAGAGAGCCGUCUACAGAGUAACAAGCUGUAGUUAUCAAAGGCCUCGCUAGGACAGGGGUUUUCAUUAUCUUGGUUUAGAUCAGAGAUGUGAUCUCUUCCCAGGCCUCGUCCUGUACACCCUUCCUUUGUCAUGUAAAAGGCAGGAGAUGACGGUCUUUGCUGCCACAAUAUCAUUAUCCACACUUCCACUGGGGGGGUUUAAUAAUGGCUGUUUUCAGAUAAUUACAAUAUUAAUCAGUUAUUUUACAAGAAAAUCAUGUGGUAUCCUGCAAUCUCUCUGGCCUGAGACGCUGGCUGAGGUGGUAUAACGCUUAGAUUUUUUUUCCAGCACACAUAUGAAGGAAUACAACUACGGUAUUUAUUUAUAUGCACGGGUGGAGUCCGGUUGCCAGUGCGUGACUUUAAAGGGGGGUCUGCAGGUUGCAAAGUACCAUUUUGUAUUUCAAGCAUCUUAAAAAAUAUGCAAAAAUAACCAAUCCAAUAUAACAAAGCUAACAAGACACACAUACUUUAGAAUUUUCUGAAAUUUUAAAAGGACACUUGGCUUACCAUAACCACUUCAGUUAUAAUAACUUCAUUGCAGUGAUGUGGUUAUGGUGCAGUAAACAUUCGAGCGUUUUCUAUUGUCUUUACCUUAUAAAUACCGGUAAUCAUUUUAAAGCAAAUCCCAGUGAAAUGGAGGGUAUUUUCAGGAGAGAAAAUUGAAUACGUCUAAAUGAAAUUUAAUUUAACAUGAAAUCCGUGCCCUAUUUCAGAAGCCAAGGUUCCUUUCUUAAUAAAAAUAUUAUUUUUGUUUAUUUUUCAUUAUUUUCAAUGAUAAAACCCAUUCUUUCUAUAAGCUUGUUUCUUGUGAUAUUUCUCACAGAUCUGGACUUGUACAUAGCAAUGGUAUAUAAUGCCAAGUCCUUGAUUUCGUCCAACUGAGCCAGAGACACUAAUAUAAAAAAGAUAAACUCAUUUACCUUAGAUUUCAUAAUUAUUUUGAAAUAUUUCCUUUGGAAUCCAGGGACAUGCGCUUCCUUGCUUUACACAGAUUGCUGACUCGCUAUAAUUUGCAGACUUAAAGGGACAUUCCACACCCAAUCUUGGUUUCAUAUUAUAAAAAGUGCAGAUUUUAAUAGAAAUUGGCCCUUUUAUAAAUGAACCUUAUUACACCCCCCCUCCCCCGCGCUGUCAAUUAGACAGUCCGUCCUGUUACUCCCUGGUUUGUUUAGCUCAAUGGAACUAAACUCAAGAGGCAGUAAUUGCCCAAACUUCUCAUUGAGCUUCAUUGGGGAGUCUGUGAUUGGACAGUCACAGAAAGUCUGGGCGGGGUUAGAAGGGGAGGGCUUGCAGAGGCUGCAGACAAGAGAUCUACAGCUAUUGCAAGCUGUUUAUAGAUAUAACUCCAAUGAUAAAAGGCAUGCUUUUCUUUAAGGGUACAUCAACUAAACAGUGAUUUAUAUUUUGGAAGUGGAAUGUCCAUUUAACUGUCCAGAUUCCAGAACAAGGCAAUCAAUACUGGUGGGCAUUAACAGGUUUAAUGCUCUGUUCCUUACGUCUGCUCUUUUUCUUAGAUGUCCUCUUUUGGCACGUUUUGUUUAAAGGACCACUCUAGGCACCCAGACCACUUCCGCUUAAUGAAGUGGUCUGGGUGCCAGGUCCCUCUAGGAUUAACCCUUUUUUAAAUAAACAUAGCAGUUUCAGUGACAGCCGCUAGAGGCGUUUGCGUGCUUCUCACUGUGAAAAUCACAGUGAGAAGACGCAAGCGUCCAUAGGAAAGCAUUAUGAAUGCUUUCCUAUGAGACUGGCUGAAUGCGCGCGCAGCUCCUGCCGCGCAUGCGCAUUCAGCAGAAGAGGAGGAGAAGAGCUCCCCGCCCGGCGCUGGAAAAAAGGUAAAUUUAACCACUUUCCUCUCCCCAGAGCCCGGUGGGAGGGGGUCCCUGAGGUGGGGGCACCCUCAGGGCACUAUAGUGCCAGGAAAACGAGUGUGUUUUCCUGUCACUAUAGUGGUCCUUUAACCUGUGUGUAGCAAGCUGUCAGUUUUUAUAUAGAAUAGAUACAGAGGGGAAGCACAUAAAAUUUUUCCAGUAAAUAAACAUUCCUUUACAUUUUCACCUCUGGGGGAGAUUUAUGAAUAUGUCUGCUCUGAAAAGUGGUAAAAAAAAUAUAUAUCCAAGAGGAAGAGUCCCCAAAAUAGUACGGGCAAAUUCUUCCAAUCCGCUAUGCUUGAAAUUCCAUACAAUUCUCCCUGUAGUGAAUACUCUGUGUGUUCAUUCUGGGUACCUGUCUCCCCAAAUUCUGCCGUGAAGUCAUUGUACCCAAAUGUCGCUCUGUUUAUAAAACAAAGGGCAAUGAAGAAGUGAGUUAGAACAAACCCUGAACCUGUUUUAUUCAUUUUGUACUGCACAAACUAUAUACUGUACGAAUAGAGCACAAUUAUCUGUUAAUUAUAAUGAAUGUAGCUUCACAGAGCUCAGAGCAUUCUAAAUCUUCCAGUAAGAAAUGGUCCCCUUUGACUCUGAGCGCAUUGGGAUAUCAGCACAGGAAACACUGCAAAAAACUGCUGUUCAGUCUGACUGAUACAAAAUAAUUGGUUCUUGUCAAUUUUCCCCGGUUCUUCGUAACAUGAUUAAAGUGGAGUUAUAAAGAGCGUUGAUUACUCUCUGUUUCACUGACUUGAUUUAAGUGCCGUUGUCAGGUUUUCUUCUAAAGUACAAUGUUAGUGAUAGCUCCAUACUAAUCUGAAACGAGUCGAUUCCUGACAUUUCACGAUUUAGUGAAUAACCUCAGUGUGAGAUCUGAGUGUUUAUACAGAGAGAGAAUUCACAGGUCCUCGCUGCAGUUACAAGUGUUGUCACUUUGAUGUCCAGCAUUGUUUUCUAGAUACGUCAUUUAUUUGGGCUGAUGGACACUACAGGAAAGGUGCUGCUAAGUGUAGUUUUCAUUUUGCAAUCGCUCUACAUUCAGCAAAUUAAUGGUUAAACUGUUCAUCAGUGUGAAGGUGAAAGAUUUCUCUAGGUAAAAAGGUCAGUUUGGCAGCCGUGUCCAUUAAGGAUGUGUGACUGUAUUACUCUAAUUCUCUCUGUGAACAAAAACCUUUUACAAUAAAUCUCAAUAAGCACAAUAACUGCGUCCGAUCAGCUGGGCAUUGAACGUAGAUUUUCUGUAUCACCCUCCACACCUAUCACAGCUGCAUAAUAAGAACAGUGAAUGAAAAGAGUUGCCCUGCAGUAUGUAGAAUGUAUAUGCUGCAUUCUUCCUUUUUCAGCAUUUGGGGGCCCUCGCCGUCACUAAGUAUCUGUGGCUGGAUCUGUGUUUGACUUGCGAUGCCUGCACGGCCGCACUCGUGUUUUUGUUUCCUCUAACCCUUUAUUACAGCAUAUCUUAAUACUUUAGUCGUAUAAUGCAUUAAAGGAGAACUGCCGCUUCUCUGGAAAUUCCACCAAUGAAUAAAAUACUGAAAUUCACCUCUAACUCUCAUUAACCUUAUUUUUAUGCGAUGUUCUGUUUCCUUGUAAAUUUGUCGUAUAUAUUAAGCAUUUGACACAAUUCAGUUUAGCUCUGGCACAGCCAUGGCACACAAUGCAAACGACGGGGAGGAGACACAGAACCUUGUUUAUCUCUCUCCUUACUGCAAUGCUAUUAAGAUUACACGUUUCUUUGCAUUUAUCUAUGCCUGCUUCUCAGGCGUCCAAUCAUUGUCUUUCUAGUUCCCGCAGCACUAUGUGGGAGAGUGGGGAUUGGCUGAGGUAUCUCAGCCACUUCCUGCUUAAAGAUAAUUUUAGCCCAAAGAUUUGCUGAAAAGAGAGAGAUUUUUUUUAAUAAAUAUUAUUAUUUAAAGAAACACUAUAGGG